CUGCAUACUACGUAUUACAUCCAUCCAUUUACCAUUUGCAUUAUCCCACACAACCACGACCCUAACAUCUCUAUUACACACAUUCACACAUCACUAAUUUUCACAAUGGGUAUCUUCGGCGGCUCUUCUUCCCCUUCCACCGACUCCUCCAGCAAGGAAGUCAAGGAGGCCCUUUUCAAGCAGGUCCAGGCCGAGUCCGCUAUGAGCAACGCCCGCACUCUGAUCUCCAACGUCAACGAACACUGCUUCGAAGCCUGCGUUCCCAAUCCCGGAACCUCCAUGUCCGCCGGCGAACAGGCCUGCCUGACCGACUGCAUGGAAAAGUACAUCGCCUUCUGGAACACCGUUAGCCGCACAUAUACCCGUCGCGUGGGCACCGAGCAGAAGAGGAUGCUUGCGCUGUGAUUUGCUAUCAUAUACGCUUCUUUGAUAUCCGUGCUUGGUUGGGAGUGGUCCAUUUCUCUACCAUGUGUUUGGCCAUGUUGUGAUCCGAUCUAGAGGUCUUUUUCAUUGACUGGUGUGAUAUGCGGCAGUGGCCACUGGUGUGAUGAUAUUUGUGUGUAUAUUAUACGGACGGACGGUUUUGGUUCGGGCUGCCGGUGGCGUUUUGAAAAAGAUAGAGCCUUGGAUGGCAGGCUAUGCUUAUGAUGACACUGUUGGGGGACCAGCGUCCAAUUAUCCAAGACUACUUUUAUUGCAAUGGCCAAAUCAAAUAUGUACAUUAUACAACUGCCUCCACAGGGACAGGGAAAGGGAU